AUGCGUGCUACUAUCUCCCUGUACAAUGCCGCCCGGACUCCCCUGAUCCGCUUCGUCGGCAAGCGGUCCGUCCCCAAGUCCGUUGACCACACUCCUCGUGUGCACCCCGCCUCCCCAGCCGGUGCCCUCCCCGACUCCUUCGCUGCCUACCGCGCCAAGGCUCAGCAGCACGGCCCUCUCGGCCGCGCCCAGUUCAGCAGCGGCAUCGGCUCCCAACCCGGCUCUGCUCUGGGCCCCAUCCGCCCCCAGUCAGGCGAAUUCUUCGACCGCGCCGAGCUGCCUGCUCGUUUCGGCCGUCUGCCCUGGAGCGCGGCAGAGAUCGAGGCCGUUGAGACCGGCGGUGCGAGCAUGCUCGCGUAA